UUCCAGCAAUCAAAAAUGAAGAGGUUUUCUGUCAAGGUAGAGGAAGGAAGGGAAGGUAAAGACGGGAAACCGUCCGUCGAGCCGGUUUAUCGAAAUGUUCUUGCAGAAAAUGACUUUCCUUCUCCAUAUGAGGAUUCGAGCACAACUUGGGAUCUUUUCAGUGUUUCAGCUAAAAAGUAUGCUGAAAGGAGAAUGCUCGGAUGGCGAAAAUUCGUCGAAGGGAAGCCAGGACCUUAUAUAUGGAAAACUUACAAAGAAGUUGGUGAUGUUCUCAACAUUGGUUCUGCACUACGAGCAAUUGGCGCCGAACCGGUAAGCGUAAUCGGGAUUUACGGGGCGAAACUUCCUCAGUGGAUAAUUGCAAUGGAAGGCUGCAAUGCCCACAGUUUGAUGUUACCUCUCUAUGAUACUCUUGGACAUGGAGCUGUUAAUUUCAUUAUAGAUCAUGCAGAGAUCGAUAUCGUUUUCGUCCAAGAUAAAGAAGGCAAAAGAAGUAAGAGUUGUUGUCUUCUAUUAAAUUCUGAAAGUGCAAUUCCUGAGAGGCUGAAAGUUGUUAUCUGCUUUACUUCACUCAAGGAGGAAGAAAAGAUCUCAGCAGCAGGCAAUGGGCUGAAACCAUACUCAUGGGAUGAGUUCCUUCGCAUGGGAAAAGAAAAUCCAUUUGAGGUCACUCCUCCGCGACCUCUCAACAUUUGCACGAUUAUGUACACAAGUGGAACAAGUGGAACUCCAAAAGGGGUCGUGUUGACACAAGAAACCCUCACAAUGUUUAUUAGAGGAGUUGAUAUCUAUAUGGAGCAGUUUGAAGACAAGAUGACAGAGGAUGAUGUGUAUCUAUCAUUCCUGCCUCUAGCUCAUAUCCUCGACCGUACGGUCGAGGAAUAUUUCUUUCGUAAAGGCGCAUCUGUUGGCUACUACCAUGGGGAUCUUAAUGCAAUAAAAGAUGAUCUAAUGGAGUUAAAGCCGACACUUUUAGUAGGUGUCCCUCGAGUCUUUGAAAGGAUUCACGAAGGAAUCAAACAAGCUGUACAAGUACUCAAUCCAGUGAGAAGGAAGGCUUUUGAUUUGCUCUACAAAUACAAGCUUUUAUGGAUGAAUAGCGGAUACAAACAGAAAGAUGCAUCCCCUUUGGCAGAUUUCUUGGCAUUCAGGAAGGUGAAAGCAAGAUUAGGCGGUCGCCUUCGACUGAUAAUAUCUGGGGGUGCAGCCUUGAGCACAGAAGUGGAAGAGUUUCUGAGGGUCACAUGUUGUGCCUUUUUUAUCCAAGGCUAUGGUUUGACUGAAACUUGUGGACCAACAACUAUCGGCUUUCCUGAUGAGAUGUGUAUGCUCGGAACCGUUGGUGGCGUUAUGCUAUUCAAUGAGCUUCGCUUGGAGGAGGUUCCAGAGAUGGGUUACAAUCCACUCGGGGAUCGUCCAUGUGGCGAAAUAUGUGUGAGAGGAAAGACUGUUUUUACUGAAUACUACAAAAACCCUGAACUAACCAAAGAGGCAAUAAAGGAUGGUUGGUUUCAUACAGGAGACAUAGGAGAAAUCUUUCCCAAUGGAGUUGUGAAGAUCAUUGACAGGAAGAAAAAUCUCAUAAAACUAUCCCAAGGAGAAUACAUAGCAUUGGAAUACUUGGAAAAUGUUUAUUCGGUUACCCCAAUCGUUGAGGAUAUAUGGAUCUAUGGGAACAGCUUCAAAUCAAUGCUGGUUGCAGUGGUGGUUCUACAUGAGGAAAACACCAAGAAAUGGGCAAAUUCAAAUGGUUUUUUGUGUUCUUUCUCUGAGCUUUGUCCUCUUGAACAGCUCAGACAUUAUGUUCUCUCUGAGCUCACUUCCACAGCUGAAAGAAACAAGUUGAAACGUUUCGAAUACAUCAAAGGAGUUGUGUUGGAAUUGCACCCAUUCGACAUAGAAAAGGAUCUGGUGACAGCAACUUUGAAGAAGAAAAGAAACAAUUUACUCAAACACUUUGAGGUGCAAAUCAAUGCAGAGUAUAAAAACUUGGAGGCAAAGAUUUGAUAAAGUUGAAGCUCAGUAGCUGAUUUUUCUGAACUGAAAUGCAUUCAAUCAAAACCAUUUUGUUGAAGUUACAAAGAAGCAGUUUUUUUUUUUUUUUUCUUUUUCUCUUCUUGCAAAUAAAGGACAAUAUGGAUUCAGUGUUACAUGAAAGUAUAGUAGUUGAUUGAUGCUCAAACUUCACUAUAUUGAAGGGUUACAAAAUAAAGUUAGUUUUCUCUGCUCAUUUUCUGAAAAAUUAAACUAAUGUCUAGCAGAAAGUUCGUGCACGAAAAUUGGACAUCAGCUAAAGUGUCCAAGGGUCAUCUAGAGAGUCUAGGUUUGCGAGACAUGUAUAUUGUAUAAUUUAGGACAAAUGCUAUGUGUAAUGGAUAUAUGGAUGUCCUUGUUUAUUGUAUUCGUAUACCA